GAGCGCACAUGUGGGUCAGGAAGGUCUGUUGAUGGGGAUUUGAUCAGGAAUCCUCCGUGUACGUUCCGCUUGACUGCCGCUGAAGCGAGGCAGACCUACCUCACACGUUAUAAAAGAGAAGUUCCCGCCCGACAUCCCGCUAAUCGUCAGUGAUGAAGACUUGUAUCGUCCCCGUUGUCAUUAUACUGAGCUUUGUGCGUGAUGUGGUUUCCCAGGGAGACAGGCGGCGGCCCCCUGUUGGAGCCACCAUAGACCAACUGAUAGCCCGGUCCAUGGGGGGAAUAGAAGGUUAUGUAAACAUAAGCAACCAACUGGUGACUCCUGAUUCCAAGAUUCUGGCAGAAUUAGACAUGUACCUCACGUAUGACCAGUACAAGAUUCUAUUCUCUCCUGAAAGAGAAAGAACAAAGCGGAAGGCAGUGCGAUCGGGUGUACUGCGUUGGCCCAAUGGUGAAAUACCUUACGAAUUCAAAUGGGGCGCAUACAGUAACUCGGAGAAAUAUCUAAUCCGUGUCGCCAUGCGUGAAUGGGAAAAGUAUACGUGUCUGCGAUUUAGAAAAAGACAGAGGGAGAAUAACUAUGUCAUGUUUCAAGACAAUUUUGGCUGUAACUCCCAGUUAGGCAUGGUCGGUGGAGGACAGCCUUUGAAUCUAGACAGAAAUGGCUGCCGAUACAAAGGGCUUUAUCUUCAUGAGAUUGGGCACGCUGUUGGUUUGGUUCACGAACACCAGCGGCCGAUUCGGGACCAGUUUAUUCGAAUCAAUUACGGAAAUGUACACCCAAGUCUACGACAAUGGUUUCAGAAGUAUCCACAGUACCGAAUCAACAAUUUUAAUAUUUCUUACGAAUUUUCCUCUGUCAUGCAUUACGGAAUCACGGCAUUUUCUGUUGAUGGGCGAUCAAAAACUAUAGAGACGCAGCCUCAGUACAGAUCACAGGAACCGGAUAUAGGACGCGUGUAUUCCAAGGAGUUGUCCUUCACCGAUAUAGCCACUGUUAGCAAUAUGUAUCAUUGUAAUAGACACUGCAGUAGAAAUAUACGAUGUAGAGAUGGCGGCUAUGUUGACCAGAAUUGUCGAUGUGUUUGUCCGGACGGGUCGUCAGACUGCGAAGAAGGCAAAGCUCCACAAUUUCAGUUCUGUAGGAAUCAGGACAAGGAUUGGUCGUGCAGUGUGUGGGCCAAACAGGGGGAGUGCGACAGAAACCCUAGGUACAUGAAAUCCAAGUGUGCGCGGGCGUGUGGAGUGUGCAGUGACGCAAUGGCCGCCGAUAAAGUGGUUGGAGCCCAGUGUGUGAAUGCUUUUCCCGAUGACAAGUGUAAAAGCUGGAAAGAGCUUGGAGACUGUGUGGCCAACAAAGUAUGGAUGUCACAGAACUGUAAAAAGGCAUGUGGAGUCUGUGGCAGUAGCAACGAUUCCACCGGAACUGGGUGCUCAAACAGGCAACCCGACAAGAAGUGUGACGACUGGGCAGUGAGGGGAGAAUGUACUGUCAAUCCGAGAUGGAUGGCGAGAAAUUGUCGGAAGUCGUGUCAACAAUGUACCGACGGCAGUGGUACAACUUCCAGAAUACCAAAUACCACUUCCACUCCUAGACCCACCGUACGAACGACUGCUGCCACCACCACCACCACAGAAAGAACCACAACCUCAGAACCAUUUACCACUGUGGAUAAUGGGACUGUUGCCACCACCACCACCACCACAGAAAGAACCACAAGCUCAGAACCAUCUACCACUGUGGAUAAUGUUACUUCUUCUACCACAGAACCGCCUACCACUGUAGAUACAACCACUACCAGAGACGAGAAUCUAACGACUACAAUCCCAUGGCAGUCUACCACUACCACCAGUCGACCGUCUACAACCACCGUAUAUACUCCACCGACCCGAACUACUACAAUAUCACCUACCACACGGAAACCGGUCAGACUCUUACCAAAGGCACCUGUUAUUUCGGUAAUAGAAGUCACACCAGACUUGGUCAGAUUCCAAUUGUCAUUCCGGAGAGAUGAUGGAUCUACACUCAAACUUCUUGUUGUCAAACCAUUCCAGAGGGAACUGAAAUAUAAAAACUAUCCAAUAGAAUUAACAGAUGGCGGACCUAGAGUUAUAGAAGUGAAGUACUCCGGUCUAAAACCGAAGUCUGCAUAUUCCUUCCGAUUCUAUGCAAUAAGUGAUGCUGGAUCUGGUCAAUAUAUUGAUGAAAAAAUAAUGACAAAAGCCAAAGGAAACAGUCAACAUACUGCAACAUCAUGGAAGAAAGGCCAUUUAGAGCUGCCUGUUUUGACUGGGAGUUCAGGGGGGUAGCUAAGACAGGACCAGCAGCAAGGGAGGGCACUUUUGGUGAAAGACGAAAAUUUUUGAGGAUGAUCAAGAGGCUUAACUUUACCAUCUACAUGUAUCAUUCAGAUAAAGAUGUUAUGAUAACCCGGAAUUUACCCAAACA